AUGUCAGAGAGGCUUUUGCUCGCGGGCAAGCGCUUUGUCCUAUUAUCUUUCUUGAUCGGAUUCUGUUGGACUUACUGCGCCAUGCUAGGAAGUUUUCUCGUGGUUUGCGUCCUCUGGGCCUACCUCGCGCUUGAUGGUCUCUUGGCCCGGCUUGCUUGUUGGGGUAUCAAUACCAUUCCGAAAGCGUUUAACUGGUCCAUUGAAUCUAUCAGCUUCCGACCAUCAUGGAGUAGCGCAUACCCAAGUGAAAUCAUAGUAACACAUUGGACCUGGCAUAAUCCCCGAAGCCCAACUCCAGCAACGGCCUUUCGUAGCCCAUACCUUCUUCACGUAGAUCGUCUCGCAUUUCGUCUUGAUCUUUGGUCUGUCCACUGUGCGCUGCGCGACCACCACAGUAAUCCUGUUAAGGUCCACGAGAUCAGCCUCGAGGGCGUAAGAUUCUAUGCUAAGCGCAACAAGGCAGACGCCCUGAACCUCUGGAUGGCGCUGGACCUGCCUGAUCAGGUGAACCAGCAAGAUACACUCGUUGGGGACCCAAAGCGGCGACCUCGCUGGGGCGUGCCUAUCAAGCUGGAUAUCGCCCAUGUCAUUGCGACAGACAUCGACGUCGGUAUCAUGGACUUACUGAUGGCCAAGGCGCACUACACUGGUGGUCAUGAAGACACGGCGAUCCACAUUCCGUUCAUAGAGCUUGAAAGCGAUCAACUGACACGCGGAGAACAGAAGCGUCUAGGCGGCAUCUUCCUUGGAGAGCUGGUUUGGGCUCUCAUCAACAUACUCAUCGUUAAAAUACUUUUGACAAAACCCACGAAGCUCAUGCUGAACUCUACACUAGCAGCUGCUUUUGCAGUACGUGAUGUCGCCCACUACACAAUUGCACGCACGCUAGAACUUGCUGUCAAUGUGCCACGGUCCCUCCCAGACGGGCGGAGUAACGACACGUCAGGCAGUCUUCUCCACAUCCGCCUAAUGUCAGGGCGUUACCUGGUCAAGCAUGGUGGCAAAGGUGCCAUUUCUACGCACUGUGUCAUCCAGCUCCGGUCGGAGGAGCAUCAUGAGUCCAAUCUCAUAGCCCAGGAAAAAUCCAGGAUAUCCCUCUGGUCGAAACGGCCCCAGUGGAAUGAAACUUUCCUUCUCGGGCCUAUAUCAACUCUUGAGAGCGCCCAACUCAAAGUACUUUGUGUUCACCAGGAGCGCGUUCCAGGGAAAGCGGGCUUCUGGAACACUCUCACGAGCUCCGCUAUUGGCGAGCUCAAUGUGCCUCUAUUGGCAUUAGAUUCCACUAAAUCCCCCGCGGAUACAUCAAAAUUACUCUUUCAACGCCACGGGAAGGCUACACACACAAGGGAACUAGUCGGGUGGUUCCAACUUGGCUUGCCCACAGUUGCCGCAAAUGAUAUAUUUCCGCUAGAUGAGGUCAUGCAUUCAGGGAGUACACGUGAAACUCCUGGCAAACUCACUGAGCCUCGUGCCGUUUUGUCAGAAUUUCGCACUGCGAAACCACAAUAUAAAAGAACAAACAUACUGACAGGGCAAAUUAAGCUUGGCCUCCGCAUUGUACUUCCUAAUGUCGCUGUGGCGUCAGUCAGACUACUAUCCAGCAGGUGCACUGUCCGGCGACUGUGCAACCUCGCUGGGCCUGGUGCUCUCUGGCACGUCGCUGUGACGCUAACCAGACAGACACCACAGGAGCAGAAGGGCGCUAUGAUACUCCUACCUCUGUUUGGCCGUGCACUCCUUCAGUUCGCUGUCUAUAAGACUUGA